GGUUCAUACACGCCCUGCAAUAUACCACGACAACAUAUGCGGUUAAAUGGCGGUAUAAAUUUAUUGCGUUCUACCUUGCGUCGCUAGUCGUGCGGUGUAUUGUUAUUUGCAUCGAGAACACGGAGUGUACUGGCAGCACAAACAGGAGCAGAUGUUAUCACCGACUGUAAACGAGAGCGAAUAUGCCAUUAUGGUAGAAGUUUAAAAUUGUUUACUUCAGCCGGUAAAGAUGGGGUUCAACUGUUGUGAAAAGACAUUCAGUUGCCUCUUCAUCUUCUUCAAUGUCAUCUUUUCGGUUUUGGGUUUGGGCACCUUAGCAUUGGGAAUAUAUCUCAAGGCUGACCCAUCAGCUUCAGAACUACUAAAUGUAGUGGAGAUAGAAGAUGGUGCACACUAUCUCGAAAAUAGUGGCUGGAUCAUUAUUGGCUUUGGUUCUCUCGUGCUGCUUGUCUGCUGUUGUGGCUGUGUCGGAGCUUCCACUAAGAGCAAGUGCUUGUUGGGACUGUACAUCGCCUUUGCUGUGGUCAUCGUCAUUGGAGAAUUAGCGGCCUUGGCUAUCACAGUCAUGUUAGUUGUGCGGAUUGAUGACGUCAACAGCUUCCAAGCCAACCUUACACUAAAUGUACAGAACGAGUACAAGAAGAAUACGACCAACGAGUUCAGAAAUUCGUGGGACUAUCUUCAAAAAACGUUCAAAUGCUGUGGUGUCUCCGACCACAAAGAUUACGACACUGUGUACACCGGCACUGAGAAGGGAAAAUUACCAGCGAGCUGUUGUACCACCGAGUCGGCUAACGCAAUAAACUCCACCGGGAACUGCCAAUUUCUGUUCAAGCAGGGAUGCUUCCAACUGCUGAAGGAAAAGGUGCAUGAAUAUAGCACCGCGCUCUUCAUAUUUGAAGCCGUCGUCAUUGCGGUGACAAUAAUCGGUAUCAUCAUUGCAGCAUGUCUGUGCAGACGCACUGGUGAAAAAGUAUAAUCUGUGUUUCAACUUUCCCUACGAAGAUCUGAUGUUGUACAGAAAAAUAUGAAAAGCUUCUCAAGACACAUGCAUUUGAAUGUGUAAAUAUUAAACACUAGGCAAAGUGCAGGCUGUUAAUUAGAGGUAACGCCAGUGUUCGAACUUUCAAUGACGGUUGUUUCUUUUCGUGAUACCAGGAAGUGUAGUGUCCAUGUUUCAAAUCAGUUACGGUCAAUGAUUAUCGAAGACUUUAUAUGAGGCGAUAUUCAGAGCACUGUACUUAAACAUUACAUUAAUAAAACCUGCCGAAAAGUGGUAAUGUUUAAUGUUUUGUUUAAGUGCUACUCAUAUGUGUAUUCAUACAACAUGCAUCAGUUUAUUUACCUGGAAGCGUUGUGAGCAUCCAUUUGUGAAAGGGCGCAAUACACAUGCACUUAUUAUUAUAUCAUUCUUAUCAUGCCUCUAGUGUGAUUAAUGAAGGACGCUCUAAUGAAAGAAUAGAAGGGCAUAUGUUUGCUUUUAUGACACCAAAGCAACUUAUGAACCAUUUUACUGAAUUUGUGUUUGUGUUAACAAAGUAUUCUCUUUUGGACAUUUAUAGUUCUGUUCAUAUGGUUAACACUUACAUGUGCAGUCAAAAACCGUUUUGUCGAACCUUGAUGUGUCGAACGCUUGGUCUCUGCAUAUUCCUUCUUUAUUCAUCAUUUUCGGUUGUGUGGAAUCCUGGAUAACGAGAAGUGUUUACGAAGGUCCCGUCAACUUCGACACAACGAUGUUUGAUUAUCUAAAUAAUACACAUAUCUCAAAGCAUUUUUGCAGCCUUCUAAGGACUAACCCCAUGGGAAACACUUAAAUAUAAAACGUUUUAUCAACCGAAUAUCAAUGCAAUUAUUGUCUGUGACGAGUUAUAUGAAAAGGUUUAUUUUCAAAUAUAGUUUCCAAAUAUAAACGUCACCACAGUGCAAAAGCAUAAUGUGUGAGUCAGAACGUAAGACGUCAGAAGUUACAACAUAAUGCGUUGUAUGCUCAUAGCCACCGGUGUCUUAGGUACACGUUUAUUCACUUUGAUAUGUAUGUUACAAUUUUUUUUUACUCAAAUAAAUAGAUCAUGUUAUUUUAGUUUGUCCGUGUCUUACUGACUAUAACAUUUUAGCUGAACUGAGAUUAUAAACAUUGCAUUCGGACAUAAACUAUCAUUAAAAUCGAGUAUUCAAUAUUAUACACAUUUGUCUGUGUUAGUUCUGUUUAUUACUAAAGCAUGAAUUUCACACACAAGAAUGUUUUUUUCGUUUUUAAGGUGGAGGUUUCGUCCUCAAACAUUGGUGUAGCCAUUAUCAUGAAUAGUGUAUCUUGUUCAUUAUAGAGUCACAUAAAACUCAAGGGUAUGGAGACAUAUUUUUGAUAACCAUUACUCAAAUUAAUUGUUUUGGCACAAUUGUACUGUUUUGGCAAUCAAUAGUUGUAUGUACAAUUACAAAUAUUUAUAUCCAAUUGUACUAAUAAAAGCGAUAAAACAAUUUCCAUAAUCAUAAGAUAUCUUACAAGACAUUAUUACUUGUUAGCUUUGAAGGUUGAAGAUUGAUUUUGUCGGAAUCAUUUUGUUAUCUGAACUAUAUAUAAGCCAUUUAUUUUUUCUGCAAAACAUUGUCAGACAUUUCAAGUUAGUUUUGUAGGUUCCGACUGUUUUGGUUUUGUUUUACUUCAUCAUGUCGGUUGUCACCUUUGUCGGAUUCAUCUUUAUGUCUGAACUUCUUUCGUCGUCGUUAAACUGUGCAUUUAACUUUGUAAAUGAUCUUUCAAUAUUUACGAAUAAACAUUUUCUGAAGAGAA